AACAGGAAACUGAAGUUUGUAAAAAACUCACUGUCCCACACCAAACCUCACAGAGAAAAUCUGUGAUUUCAGUUUGUGGGGUCACAGGAGCUGCUGGUCUACUGCUGCCUCGUGUGGUCACUUUGUGUCACUGAAGUAUGUCUAAAUUAAAGAUUAAAUCAACUUUUUAAUCAUUUUAAUACUUAUAUUUGGGACUCUGGAGGCCCUACCAGUCGCCAAAGUGUGGAAAAAGAAUACUCAGUCCUUUUUUCGUGGUCCCCCUUAGUGUAUGUAUAGGCGAUAAAACAUGUGAUGUUGAAUUCCCUCCGCUUAUGGCGGCAGCAUGCGCAUUUCACCGCGAAUGUUACCGCCCCACCAGUAAGUUUACUUCGAGAGCUCCACAACUUCCAGCCUCAGAGGAUUUCAUAACUGACCAUUCUGACACGUCCUAAUUAAAAAUAUUUGUUCAGUACGUCCUCCAUGGCCGGAGCACAGACUCGGUCUGAUACAGUCACAUACAGCGGCAGUUGGCGAUCAGCGGUGCUGUCUCUAAGUGUAUUUGACUGAUUUACAGUUCGGCAGUGUUCGGCUCGAUCCUUGUGUCGGACGUCUCUUCCUGUGACGGCACUCUCGCUGUUUUCCGCGCACGCUGCCAUGUUGAUAUUGUCAGAGAACUAGUGGAGGGAGGGGGAGCGGAGGGAACAGGAGCUGAGUGAGUGCUGUGAAAAGGACAAAUCAGAAACCCCCUGGAAGAAGUGGGUGUGUGUUUGCCUGUGUCUCAUUUGCAUUUAAAGGGACCAUGCACAAAACCGAGCCUUCUGAAAGGGGCGGUUUUGCCAGGGUUAUUGAACUGCUAUGGUGCUUCAUCCUUGUGGUAUUUUGACCAAAGCAUGUCACAGACAUGUUCAUUAGGACACAAGGGAACUAUUGUAACUUGGGGAAAUAGGGUAUAACAUGUCUCCUUUAAAUAUUUUAAAAGCCAGAUUUGACAAAAUAACACGUGAACUUCGUGAUGAAGGCAGCAUUGGAUCACUAUGGGGUUUGGUGUGGGAGAGUGAGUGGUUUACAAAUUUCAGUUUCCUGUUCCCUGAAAAGUCUGACGUAGGUUUCAUUUGAUAAUUGAAGCAGUUAAAACCUUUUUAAAAUCUUUUUUUGGUGUUUUUUUUAUCAUAAUGUAAAACUGAAGUUUAUUAAAAUAGUGAGUGAUUAAAUGAACACAUUCUCAGUCUAAGAAUUGUACCUGCUUCUGUUAUUUGUACAAAAGCACACGUUUUUCAAAUCAAAUCAAAACGUGGAAUCAGUGUCAUCGGAUUUCCUUAAUAAACUCUACUGUGUGUGUGUGUGUACAUGUCCACAAAGACUGUGAGACCAGCGUUUGUGUGUGUGGAGAUAAGGGGUGUGGCUUCACAUACAUAAUCAGGGCUUUGACUCAGCACAGAAUUUUCAGAUUUCUCUCAUUGUUUGUGCUGACAUGCUGCGACUGGAUGGAUCAUGGAGAUGGAGUUCAGUUUUGCUGCUGAUUUUUCUUCACUUUUAUCUUCAGGGUGCUCACUGCAGUCUGAACAUCUCGCCUGUCGGUUCCUCGCGUGUGAUUGGACGAGCCGGCAGCAACGUAACCCUGGCUGUGACCUUUAGUGGAGCCACUGACCCUGUGGUCACCUGGUUCAGAGGAUCUUUACCCGUCCUCACCUGGACCGUUGGCUCCAGUGAGACCGCAGACGUAGCCACAGACUACAGGGGGGUGCUGACCAUCCAGGACGACGGAUCCCUGACCUUCGUGAACGUGGCCGUGGACCAUAGUGGGAACUACAGUGUCGAACUGACCAAGUCCGGACUGGCGAAAGCUGUGGCCUCGUUCACUCUCACAGUGUUUGAAAUCUUCCAGAACGUGGAUCUGAAGCUGCAGCCUGAUCUCAUCAAAGAGGGAAGCGACCGCUUCACUCUGCAGUACUCCAUGUCACAGGGCGUGGUCCAGGACCACGUGUGGUUCUUCAAAGGCAGUGCAUUAGAAACCACGUCACACUAUUCUGUGGAGCAAAGGAGUGUCGUGAUCCACCAACCUAACCGCAGCGACACCGGGCGGUACACGCUGUUACUGACCAACCCCUUCAGCCGCGUGGAAACUCACAUUAAUGUCACUGUGCUGUAUGGUCCAGACGAGCCCACACUCGAGGCUCGUCCACCUCAGCCUUUCUACGUGUCUGGCGACUCGCUGAGCCUUGUGUGCAGCGCCGGCGGAUUCCCGCGGCCAACCGCCCAGUGGAUCUUUGGUGAUCAGACUCUUCCCACUUCCCACGACGGAGUCCUGAAUCGAACAAAUGUGCAGAUCAGUCAAGGAGGCGUUUACACGUGCACGUUGGUCAACGACGAGACUGGAGAAAAACGGCAAAAGACUUUGACUUUAAACGUUUAUGAGAAGCCGUCGGCCAACAUGACGUGUUCUGUACAGUCGGUGAAUGAGAACACCCAGCUGCAGUACCACUGUCAGUGGCCAGGGGGCGCUCCACAGGCAGAGCUGUCUUUCCCAGCACUGGGCUUCAGCGUCAGUGGAGUAGAUGACUUCAGUGUGACCGUCUCCUCCUCAGAUGAUCUUGACGGGAGAGUGGUCACGUGCACAGCUGUCCACCCCCUCCAAAACAAUCAGUGCAACAUCACUGCAAUGAGUCCAGUCCAGUUCCUCCCUGCUCUGAGAACCACAGUGGACUCUGAGGGCAGGAUAGUGGUGCUGGUGCAGUGUGUAAGCGACGCCCGGCCCGAGGCGCUGGUGUCAUGGUCCAGAGGCGGCGACGACGUCACCAACGGGACAAACUACCAGAUCAGCAACAGCACCACGUGGCUGCAGAUCCGUGGUUACAACGUCAGCGACUUUGUCCAAGAAAAAUACACGUGCACCUGCCGCAACCCACUGGGCAGCCAGAGCAGAGAGAUCCAGCUGCAAGGACCAGCAGUCUCUGAUUUCAGUUUGUUCUCUAAUCCAGAGGGAACCAUCGUCACGUUGACCUGGGAGGUCCCGCCCACUUCUGUUGUCACAGGGUUUGACGUCCAGAUGAAAGGACCGGACCUCCUGAGUCCGAGCAGUGUCCAGACUCAGCGAGCCCCGGUCCAAUAUCGCACCAUCCAGCAGAGACCCGGAUCUGUGCGCAAGACCGACGUGUCUGUCCUCGACCCCAAGCGGACCUAUCGCUUCCGGGUCGUUCCCAAGGCUCGUACGACUGAAGGAGAACCGUCUGAGGUCCAGAGAAUUGGUCCAGGUGAAGGCCUCAGUGGACCUGCCAUCGCCGGCAUCGCAGCUGGAAUCCCCUGCAGCCUCCUCUUCCUGUUUCUGCUCGCCGGCCUCGUCUACCUCUGCAUUAACUUCUACAACAACAGAAAUCGACAGGCGAGAUAUCCAGUGUCUAGAGCCGUGGAGAAGACAGUUGCAGUCCAGUCUGAAGUGACUCCUCACCACCUGCUGUCAGGAGGACUCAAAUCUCCUCCAGAUUACAACAGAUUACGGCAGAAUCCCUCUGAACGGUCAGUGGCUCUGCCCACGUUUGUCCCUCCACCUCCUGUCAGAGUGGCUACGACCGUCUGAUCCGUCUCUGAACUGUCUCUGAUCCGCCACUGAUCCAUCACUGAACCAUCUGAACUGUCUCUGAUCCGUCUCUGAACUGUCUCUGAUCCGUCUCUGAUCUGUCUCUGAUCCGUCUCUGAUCCGUCUGAACUGUCUCUGAUCCGUCUGAACUGUCUCUGAUCCGUCUCUGAACUGUCUCUGAUCCGUCUCUGAUCUGUCUCUGAUCCGUCUACACGUCCUCCAGCUGUUUCAUACGUGGAUGAAUGUUUUAUACAGGUUUAUUUUCCACUUUGAUUCAUGUAAAAGUGACAUGAAUGUAUGUUUUGUUU